AUGGCACAAGCAUUUGAUUGGAUUGGACCAUAUGCUAACGAGUAUGAACGAUAUCCUUCACUUGAAUUUCAAAAACAAUGGAUUCAUACUUAUUUAACAACAUUUUAUAAAAAUUCUCAAUUACAAUUAAAUCUUAAUCAUGAAAAUUUACAAUUGAAUGAUGUAUACACAGAAGAUGAUUUGAAUAAAUGGCUUCAAGAAGUGAAUUGUUUCGCUUUAGUAUCCCAUUUACUUUGGGCUGUUUGGGCAGUAAUUUGUGCUUCGGAAAACUUAUAUUCUAUGGAUUUUUUAGCAUAUGCGGAUUCAAGAAUGAAACAGUAUAAUAAUAUGAAAAAGUGGUUACCAUCAGCUUUUCAGUUACCUGCUUUGUAA